AUGAGCUCUACCUCUAACCAAGAGUGGCAGCCACAGCCCUUGUCAAUUGCCCCAGCAAUUGCAGCUUACAAUAUAAACACUCCAGAGACACUUGCAAUUGAGAUCGACCAAGCAACUCAUCGUCUUAAUAUUCUCAACCUUUUCAAAAUCCCUACUUCGUCCAACAUUCUUGAGGUUGGCUGUGGUCAAGGAACAUGCACUGUCGUCCUGGGUCAUGUCACUGGUCCAGCGGGUCAUAUUGAUGCGCUUGACCCCGCACCUCUUGAUUACGGCGCGCCAUACACGCUCGGUCAAGCACAAGAUCAUAUAACCAAGGGUGAAAUGGGCGAUCGCAUCACUUUCUGGCAGAGAAAGCUCGAGGACUUUCUACAAGAGACAGGCGAUAAGAAAUGGGACUGCGCCGUCUUAGUCCAUUGCAUCUGGUACCUCGACAAUGAAGAGACCCUCACAAGCAUGCUCAAGGCAUUAAAGGGCCGAGUCGAUAGGCUCUGCAUCGCCGAGUAUUCGAUGCAAGUUUCUUCGCCGGCCGCUGUCCCUCACAUCCUUGCGGCGUUUGCUCAAGCUACACUCGCAGCACACCAUCCGGAAAGCGAGGCGAACAUUCGUUGUCUGCUCACACCAACGGACAUCAAGAGAAUUGCUUGUCAGGUUGGGUGGAAGGUAGAGGAAGAGACGACCAUUGCGCCCGACGAGAAGCUGCAGGACGGCAAGUGGGAAGUCGGAGGAGUCAAGAGUCCUGAGUUUCUUGGAGAUGUCGAGAAAUUUGUUAAGGAUACUAAAGUCAAGACUUUACUGCGGAGUCAAAGGGAAGCUGUUUUAAGUGCUGACGAGCAGCUUGCUGGUGGAAAGACUAGAACGAUGGAUGUUUGGGCGGCUACUCUUAUCUGA